AUGGCUUCUUCGUCGAAAGGUUGUACUAGCAAAAUUAACACAGUAAUAAAAUGGAUAGAAACAUUAAAUGCCGACUGGCUUGAAUACGAGAAUGAUGGCCAAGUGGUGAAUUCACUGCGCUGUAAAGUUUGUACAAACAAAGAAGACAGAAUAACAAGCGCAAAAAAUUUCUCUCGCACAUUCAUAACAGGAUCAGCUGUUGUAAAGAAAAACACAUUGGUAAAUCAUAUGAAUUCUGAUCAACAUAAGAUAGCAGUUAAGCUAAAUUUGAAAGAAACGUUGAAUGAGAAAUAUGUUGAAGAAUACUUAAACGAAACUCCCAUUGGGCAAGGACUCAACAAAAUGGCAGUUGCUGAUCGCGAAAGGAUGGAAUAUCUCUUUAAUGCCACUUACAAUGUGUGUAAAGAAGAGUUGCCUUUCAAAAAGUAUAUCCCCAUUUGCGAGCUCCUGGAGAAGUGCGGCGUUGAUCUAGGUAAAUGGUAUCGAACAGACCGAUCAGCCGCUGAGUUGUCAGAUCACAUUUCUGGGGUCAUGAAAGGAAAUCUUAAUGAAGAUUUAAAGGAUGCUAGAUAUUUGUCAGUUUUAUGCGAUGGCAGCACCGAUACCAGUGUAAAAUCACAAGAAUUAUUUUACGUGUUAUAUGUGAAUAAGAACGGUCGUAGUACUUGCAAAUUGAUGUCGGUUGAAACAGUUGAAAACGAAGAUGCUGCAGGGCUGAAGGAAGCUAUGAACGAAGCUUUUGCCCGUUUUGGCAUUACAAACUUUGAAUCGAAACUAGCUGCAACUGGUCUAGAUGGGGCAAGUGUUAAUAUGGGGAGAAAUACUGGUUUAGCAGCUCGUCUAAAAGAAGUCGCUCCUUGGCUCACUGUAGUCCACUGCUUCAAUCACCGUCUAGAAUUAGCUGCUGCCAACGCAUUCAAUGCUACGUUUUUUGCACAAGUAGAUGAAAUAUUGCGUCAACUGUUUUCUCUGUACCAGAAGUCACCCAAGAAACUGAGAGAGCUGAAAAAACUAGCUGAAGUGUAUGGAGAAACUGUCUAUAAGCCCAUCAAAGCAAAUGGGACAAGGUGGAUAGAUCACAAAGUGCGCGCCACGAAGGUUUUCCUGGAGAACUACGGCAUGUAUAUGCAGCAUCUUGAGCAGGCAGCAACUACUUCACCUGAUGCCCAAAAGCAGAAGAUAAAUGGCUUCCUAGCUAAAUGGAAAGACGCUCGUUUCCCAAUGUAUGCUUCUAUCUUUGUGGACAUUAUUGGUCCUUUGCGUGUUUUGUCUCUUGGACUACAAACUGACGACAAUGAUCCAGUUAAAGCUUUAAGGAGAAUCAAGGAAUUUGACUGGACUAUGGUCAAGCCUCAAGCUAGUACAUUUGGCAAUGCUACUUUCGAUAAAUUUAGGAAGGAUUGCAAACCUACUAGCGACGACAAGAACCAGAUUUCGUAUCAAGAUGUUGUGCUCACAAAUUAUCCCCGUGCACUAAAUGGAGCUGCGGGACAACGACAAGAGUGGAUAGAUGCGAUUAUCCUCUGUUUGGGCAAUCGCUUUAGUGAUCUUCAAGAGACACCAGUUUACAAACACCUUUGUCCAAUUAUAGACACCCAGUCCUGGCCAGGUGAGGAAGUUAAUUUGGUGAGCUAUGGAGACGAAUCGGUUACGCUACUUGUCGACCACUUCAUUCAGCUUUUGAAGCAUAACGGAUGCGAUGUGUGGCACGAUACGAUGCUGACAGAAUGGAGUGGGCUUAAGUUGUUGAUUUCAGAGACGUAUGGCAGAGCUAUACCAUACUUAGAUGUUUGGGCUGCCAUUCUCUCUUCACCAGUUAGUAAAGAAAAGUUUUCAAACGUUCUUAACAUUGUGGAACUGUUAUUAAUCACGCCCAUCUCUAAUGCUGUGGUUGAGCGAAUGUUCUCAACAAUGGCCAGAAUGAAGCCACAGCUACGUAACAGAAUGCCAAGAGAAAGAUUGGACAGUCUGUUACGAAUUAGUGAGGAGGGUCCAUCAGUGGAAGAUUAUGAUCCAGCUCCCGCAAUAGAGCGGUGGUAUGAACAAAAGAAACGAAGGAUAGGAUAUGGAGGCCACGCUUACCCAGAGAAGCGAAAGAAGAAAGUCAAUACGUUAGACGCAUCAAGCAGCAGCAAACAUGCUUAUUUUUCGGACCAAGACUCGUCAGAAAGUGACUAA